AUGACUGAGAGAGCGUAAAGAAUUUUUGAAAAAUUGCAGACGAUAUAAAAUAAUGUGAAAGGAGAGAAAUAAUCGAAGUUCAAAUUGAUUCUUGGCUACUUGCAAAGUGUUGAAUUGGCUAUAGAAGACGUUUAAAAGUAAAAGAAUUAACAGUUUUUGGAUAUUGCAGAAAAAUUAUAGAGAUUGAAAUCUAUUGUUGAUAUUGAAAAGGAAGCUCGGGAUUAAGUAGAUGAAAUAAUGAGAAAGGAAAUUUUAACAGUGGAAAAGAAUUGCAAAACCCUUUUAAAAAGAUUUAGCAAAGAAAGAUUGGAAAUAGAUAAAGGGGAGUUUUCAAAUCUAUCUCAAUAAGUUGAUUAAUUAUCAGUUGAAAUAUAAAAAGAGUUUCAAUAAAAAUCAGAAACCUAGAAUAAAUUAUUAGAGAUAUAAAACGAAUAAAUUCAAUUAUUUUAUUAAGAUAUAGAAUAAAAAAUUAGCAUAAGGGAAGAAAUUGAGGAUAAAAUUGCAUAAUAAUUUAAUCAGUUAUUAGAUGAACUCAAAAGAAUAUUCGAUUGUUAGUAAAAAUAAAGGGAGUAAAGAGAGGAAGAAAUAAUAGGUAUUCUCAAAAAAAUAUACUAAAGUGCUUAUGAUGCUUGUAAGAGAAGUAGGAAUGAAAGAGAAAGAAAUGAAGAUUUAUUUGUUAAAUUAGUUGAAAAAGUAGUUGAAAAGAUAAAAAGAGAGCUCAUUGAUUCUGAUUUUUGA